GUACCAUCUCUGUCCAGCAGGGGGCAGUGUUUACCAACUUAACGAGCCUCGCUGCGCUGCAUCAAACGGUUUGCUUUAUUUGUGGUUUUUCUUGAGUGGCUGCAGCAGAUUUGGUCGUAGGAAGAUCGUCUCGGUCUGUUCUUGUUGCCCGUUCAGAAGACAGCGGGGAUUCGUUCGUUUUUGUCCGCACACUUUGCUCCCCUUUUUCCGCUGUGACAUCUGGAGGAAUCCCUCUCUCGACGUGGACAGCUGGCGUGUCCCGACCAGGAGUGACGGCGGAUCCGUCCUAUGGUUCACCCAGAGCGCUUUUUGCACUGGCUCGGUUUUUUUUUUUUUAAUAAACUUUUUAACUUUUUGCAUCUCAUUUUGGUAGCGGAGGACUGUCGAGCCGGAAGAUGUCUGUGGCGGGUUUGAAGAAGCAGUUCUAUAAAGCCAGCCAGAUGGUCAGUGAGAAAGUCGGCGGCGCUGAAGGAACCAAACUAGACGAUGACUUCAGAGACCUGGAGCGGAAAGUAGAUGUGACCAGCAAGGCGGUCGCUGAGGUGAUCUCCAAAACGUCAGAGUACCUACAGCCCAAUCCAGCAUCCCGAGCCAAGCUGUCCAUGCUGAACAGCAUGUCCAAGAUCCGCGGGCAGGUGAAGAACCCGGGCUACCCUCAGGCCGAGGGGCUGCUGGGAGAAUGCAUGGCCAAGUACGGCCGGGAGCUCGGGGAGGACACCAACUUUGGUGGAGCCUUGGUGGAUGUUGGAGAGGCCAUGAAGAGACUGGCAGAAGUCAAAGACUCCCUGGACAUCGAUGUGCAGCAAAACUUUAUUGAUCCUUUACAAGCACUCUGUGACAAAGACCUCAGAGAGAUUCAGCAUCACCUGAAGAAGCUGGAAGGCCGUCGGCUGGAUUACGACUACAAAAAGAAGCGCCAGGGCAAAAUCCCGGACGAGGAGAUCCGACAGGCCUUGGAGAAGUUCCACGAGUCGAAGGACGUGGCCGAGACGAGCAUGUACAACCUGCUGGAGACCGAUAUCGAACAGGUGAGCCAGCUCUCGGCUCUGGUGGACUCGCAGCUGCAGUACCACCGACAGGCCGUGCAGGUGCUGAAGGAGCUGUCAGACAAACUGAAGGAGCGAAUGACUGAAGCUCAGUCGCGACCCAGACGGGAAUACACGCCCAAACCCAAACCCAUCCUCGACUUUGGAGACAGCGGUCACUCGAACGGCGGCUACCAGACCUCCAUGGCUCCUCCCCCUUCACGCAGCUCAGCCCCCCCCGACCAGCCGAGCUGCAAGGCGCUGUACGACUUUGAGCCGGAGAACGAGGGCGAGCUGGGCUUCCACGAGGGCGACAUCAUCACCCUGACCAACCAGAUCGAUGAGAACUGGUACGAGGGCAAGCUGCUCGGCCAGUCCGGGUUCUUCCCUCUGAACUACGUGGAGGUUCUGGUUCCGCUGCCACACUAAUACAAACACAAGGCUUUGAGGGGGGGGCAGACGGGGUGGGAAAUAAAGUGAAGAUCCGGCAGGUUUCGGUUUACCUGAAGGUAGGACGACCUUUGGAGGGCCGAUGAAUUCUAAUGUUGGUUCAUAAAUGCGUAUGAAUGAU